ACAACUAACUUAUGUCUAUUUCUUGCUAUUUCUUAGCAAGAAAUAGGAGCUUAUUUUAAGUAAAUAAAUUCUUAAUAUAUAUGAAGAGGCACUAGUACAAUUGGAAGAUUAUUUCACUUGCAUAACCAGGCAAAACUGCCUUGUUAUAAGUGAUAUAAUAUAAAAUGGCAAUCUGGUUGGUGAGCCGAUUUUAGGCUGACAUUUCAGAUGUUGGCUCAUUCACUAACAUGUUUUCCACCUAAGAGCAGUUCAUAGUUAAAUAUGUGGCUGUUUUUAAAUGCUUGCAGACUCUAAUAUCACUCUGGCUGGCUGAAAUAAGACGAGUACACCCGUUUUCACGCUUUCCUCCCAAACACAGAUGAGGCAGCAGGUGUGGGAGAUCUCCUAUGAGAGGUGUGUGGGCCUGUGAGCGUGACCGACUCAAACCGGGAAAUGAGGACCACUCUCUCUUUGUGCGGAGGCGACGAUGAAGCCUGUAGUCAUCAGCGAAGCAUUAGCAGGGUGGGCUGGAUGAAGAGGCUGCUGUGGCUCAAGUCCAAUCACUGCGGGGGCAUCCACAUGGACACGGAGCCCGGAGUGUGGCUCAGGAGCUUCCAGCUGCUGGACACGGAGGGACAACAUGAGGAACCAGUGCAGGAGUGGGGCGAGGAGGAGGAGGACGGGGCCAUUUUUGGGAUCACCCUUCGAAGGGAGCCCGCCCCGCCGGGCUCCGACUCCCCUGACCUCUCGCCGGCCUUCGGCUGUGUCCAGUACCACACGGUGAAGGUUCGCAGGCUGAAGGCCGCCACCUUGGAGCGCCUGGUGUCCCACCUGCUGGACGCAGAGCACCGGGAGCCCGACUUCAUCCGGGUGUUCUUCUCCAUGUACCGGGCCUUCACCUCCACCGGCGCCUUCAUCGAACUGCUGUUUCAGAGAGACAAAGCGCUUGCUAACUUGGACAACGCAGUCAGUCUGCACAGUCCUGCUCUGCCGGUGGUCCGGCUGUGGCUGGAGGAAUACAGCACCGACUUCCAGGACCCGCCUCAGUAUCAGGCCUUGAGGCUGCUGUGUUCCCACCUACGCCAUCGACUCUGCUUCAGACGUUUGCUUUCGACUGCUGAGGCUUUGCUCAAGAGACUCCAGGAACAAGAUUGCCGCCGCUCCGUGUCAGAACACCUCAGUGCAUCCCUGCAGCGCUGCAAACUCGGCGAUGGAGGAGAAAUGUCCUCUAAACCAGACAAACACAACUUCCUGGACUUUCCAGUUAGAGACGUAGCAGAGCAGCUCACCAGAUUGGACGCCGAGCUGUUUGUGAAAGUGGAGCCGUUCCACUGCCUGGGCUGCAUCUGGUCGCAGCGUGACAAGAAGGAAAACCGCAAUCUGGCGCCGACGGUCCGAGCCACCAUUUCCCAGUUCAACGCAGUGACGAAUCGUGUCAUCACUUCCCUCCUCUGCCCAUCCUCACCCAGCCCAUGCACUUCCUCUCCCGUCUUGUCCCCUUCCUCGACCUCCACCUUUCUGUACCCGUCUUCGGCACCCGGCUCGCCUCGCGGCUCGCACGCCAGUCCGGUUCACAGGGCGCGCGUCAUCGAGUGGUGGAUCGCCGUCGCACAGGAGUGCAGACAGCUGAAGAACUUCUCGUCUUUGAAAGCCAUCCUGUCCGCCCUGCAGUCAAACGCCGUGUACCGCCUCAAGAGGACCUGGGCCGCUGUGAGCAGGGAAAGCAUGACCGUCUUUGAUCACCUGUGUGAGACGUUUCCCGAUGAGAACUGUGUCCUCACAAACGGAGAGAUACUAGUUGAGAGCUUCAGCUGCGGUGUGGUGCCGUACCUGGGGACGUACCUGACGGUCCUCACCAUGUUGGACACGGCGCUGACCGACACUGUGGAGGAGAAUCUCAUCAACUUUGAGAAACGGAGACGGGAGUAUGAGAUCCUCUCUCAGAUUCGACAGCUGCAGGCUUUCUGCUCCCACUACAGCCUCUCGGUGAACUCUGACCUCACAGCCUGGCUCCAGGCUCACACUCUGCUCACGGAGCAGGAGAGCUACGAGCGGUCUCGGGACCUGGAGCCUCCUGUUGACCCCUGCCCCAGCUCUCCCAACUCUUGGAGCCGCCGUCUGCUGGCCAAUAAGCUCGCUUUGUUGCGAACAUCGCACUCGGAUCAGAUCAGCGUGUCGUCGUCUGGGUCCAGUGGUUCAGACCUGGAGGACCUCUCCACGCCUCAGCCUUCACCCUUCAGGCUCAAACUGAAGUCUCUCCCAGGCUCGCUUCACAACGUAGCGGAGGACUUCUCCAUGUCUUCCUCGUCCUCACCGAGACUCUCCAGCUCAUCCUGCUGCUCCUCGCAGCCUGACCUCUCCUCUUCUUCUCUGGCGCUCAGCCCAGAGUCGUCCUCCUCAUCGUCGUCGUCUUCAUUACAGUCCACCUGCUCUCCUCAGGCCGUGCUGCCUCUCUACAACAAACAGAUCGCAGACUCGUGUAUCAUCAGGGUCACGGUGGAGUGUGUCAGCAACGGAAACGUCUACAAGAGCAUCCUGCUGACCAGCCAGGACCACACGCCGCAGGUGAUCCAGAGAGCUCUAGAGAAACACAACAUGGAGGACUUCAGGAGCAGCGACUUCGGCCUCUACCAGCUGCUCAACCAUGGGAGAGAGCUUCACAUUCCUGACAAUGCCAACGUCUUCUACGCCAUGUGCACCUCGGCCAACUACGACUUUGUGCUGCGGCAGCGCUGGAGGAGCCACGGGAAACAGUUUGGCUCCUUCUCCAGCCCCGGCGCUCGACCCAGGGGCCGGCACGUCAAAUGAAUGACAAGCUUCUGCACAGGCCGAAUAUUUACUGACUGACUGCAUCUCCUCGUCUGUGUCAGAAGACCCGAGAUGCAUCCGAGGCUCCUCCUCGUUUCUGUUCAUCACCGCAAAGACCGUCAGUGUGUCUGACUGACUCUGACUGAAGAAUAACUCUGAGCAGUUCUCACUUUACCAGCAGAGCGAGAGAAAACCUGCUCUGUGAGAGGAGAGAUGACACCAGAAUAAUCCAGAUGUUCAUCCAGGAUUUCUAGUAGUGUGGGAUAUUGGACGGUAGUGGGAUCUGAAUCCCAUGUGGAGGAAAUCAUCAGCAGUCCUGAGUUUGACUCAUCAGUGGAAACUCCUGAAUGACUACAGAAGCAUUUUUGCUUCACCCAGAUAAUCUGAAAGCGUAACAAGAGCUGCUGACGUUCACUGGUUAGCGAGUUCGGACAGAUCAAAUAUGAAACCAGACCAUGUUUUUAUAUUUGUAACACUCCUUGGAUACAGAAACAUUGUCCUGAGAGAAACUCAUGAACAUUCACAUGUCUUUUAGUUGAAAUUUUAAAUAUUUUAUACACUCUAAAUGUAAUUUUAACUGUUUAAAUUAUUUAACACACUUCAGUAUUCAUGUGUCAGAGCAAUGGUGGCACAAUGUGCUGCAACAACACAAAAAUAUCAAGGUUUUUUUUGACUAGUUUCUAGUGCAAAUAUAUUAGUCCACUUGAAGUAAGACAAAACUAAUCUACAACUAACUUUAGCAAGAUACAGAAGCUUGUUUUAAAUCAAUAAUUCCUUAAUAUGGAUGACACAAUACUGGUUCCACUGGCAGAUUACUUCAC